CCCCACUUUCUCCAUUAUCAACCUUCUUCCUCUUUUCCUACACUCCAAAAUCCCACCAUUAUCAUUAGGGUUUAAGACUUCCUACACUCUCUCUUCUUCUCAUUAUUAUUGUUCUUCACCUCCUUAAACCCUAACAACAACAACCAUAAUGACAACCUUAAACCCUGUCGGCCCCAAAACAAAACACUUCCAUAAUCUUAGUCCUCCGCGUACAAUUUACACUAAACCCAUUUCUUGUCUUUCCUUUAGACCAUUUUACCCUUCUUCAUUCACCAUCAAAGCUGCUGCUGCUUCUUCUUCUUCUUCUUCACAAAACCCUAAAAUCCCAAAACCUAUUAUCCCUAAAAUCCCUAAUCAACAACCCCAUAACCCAUUUUCAUUCUUGAAGCCAACACUCAUUGCUACAAUUACCGGAACUACCCUUUUGUUCGCAAGAUUCUUCGUCUUCCCAAAACCCGCAAUUUCAUCUCCACCUGUAACUACGGAAGCUGAUGUAUUACAGCAUGAUUCUGAUACAGUUUCAGUUUCAGAGGAGGAAAAGGAGAGGGAAAUUGAAGAACGCUUGGUUAGGAAUCCGAAUGACGUGGAAGCGUUAAGGGGUUUAAUGGAAAUUAAGAUAAAGAAUAAGAAAAUGAUGGAGGCUAUUAGUGUUAUUGAUAGGUUGAUUGAACUAGAACCUAAUGAGGUAGAAUGGCCUUUGUUGAAGUCACAUUUGUAUGUAAACUUUGGUGAGGUUGAAUUAGCGAAAGUUGGGUUUAAUGAGAUAUUGAAAAAAGAUCCUUUACGUGUUGAGGCUUAUCAUGGAUUGGUAAUGGCAGCAGCUUCACUUGAGGAUGAAUCGAUAGAGGAUUUAGAGGGGAUUGAGAAGAAGCUUGAGGAGGGGAUGAAAUUGUGUAAGAAAGAGAAUAAGAAGGAUGAUUUGAGGGAUUUUAAGCUGUUGAAAGCGCAAAUUCGAGUGAUCCAAGGGAAGUAUGAUGAGGCAUUGAAGGUUUAUGGGGAGCUGGUUAAAGAGGAGCCGAGGGAUUUUAGGCCGUAUUUGUGUCAAGGGAUUAUAUAUACGUUGUUGAGGAAGAAUAAUGAGGCGGAGAAGUGUUUUGAGAAGUAUAAGAGGCUUGUACCACAAGGGCAUCCGUAUGCUAGGUAUUUCGAUGAGAAUAUGAUUGCAACAAAGGUUUUUGCACAGAGGGUGGAGAACGAGAAAGCUGGCUCGAAAAGUUGAGUGGAAUAAGGCAUUUUGUUUUUUUUGAGGUAUGGUGGAAAUUGUUUUGCUUUAUCUGUUACUAGUUAGUCACAUAAUGGUUUUAGCUUACUAGAUGUUUCAAUUUAGUUUGUUUGGUUUGCAUAGGUUUAUUGUUAUAUGAGUUGUUGAGUAUCAAGUAGGAUCAAGAAACAAGAAUUUAUUUGUAAGUUGGAGGGGAAUGGUGCUAAGGCUCUUUAAUUUUCAAAAGAUAUAUGAACGGCAUGAUAUCGUAGUUCAUUUAAUCAAGCAUUAUAUUGAGAAUCA